CACACACACACACUCGAGUGCGCUGCUGCUGCUGCCGCCUGACGUGUGUAUGCAUGCGGACGACACACGCAUGAGAACCGGUGUGUGUAUGUGUGCGUGUGGUGUGUUUCUGGAGGGAGACCCCCGACUCACCGUGGGGAGAGCGAGAGGUCUGCCGUAUCCCUGACGACGAGGAUGGGCUGCAAUCUGUGUAGUUUACAGAAGAGAGAGGAGCAUUACAAACUACUGUAUGAGAUCUCACAGGUGAAUGGCAGAGAUCUGUCGAGAGCGAGUCAUGAAGAAGCGGUGGAAGCUCUCCGCAGCGCUAAAGACCCCAUCGUGGUUCAGGUGCUCCGUCGUACCCCUUUGCCCCGGGGUCAAGGCUCCGAUCAGGACGUCCAGGUGGUCGAUGUGUGCACACAAACCGAAAUCACUUUUGAGCACAUCAUGGCUCUGGCCAAACUCCGUCCUACGACACCACCUGUGCCAGAUAUCUGUCCCUUCCUUCUGUCAGACAGUUGUCAUUCUCUGCACUCUGUGGAUCAGGAGAACUUUGAUGAAUCUCAGUAUCUCUCCACCAUCAUAACUGAUGACAGACCUGAAGACUUUGAGUAUGAGGAGGUUGAAUUGUGUCGAAUGAACAGCGAGGAGAAACUCGGCCUUACGCUGUGUUACAGGACAGAUGAUGAAGAUGAUAUCGCUAUAUAUGUCGGCCAGAUUGAACCAAACAGCAUCGCCGCACGAGACGGUCGUAUCAGAGAAGGCGAUCGUAUUUUACAGAUUAAUGGGCGGGAUGUGGAGGACAGACAGGAGUCUGUGGCCGUUCUGUCCAAUGAAGAAUGCCGAAAUAUUGUGCUGCUCUUGUGUAGACCUGAAGUACAGGAGGAGCCGUGGCUGGAUGAUGAACACAAUGAGUUCUUAGAGGAGCUGAAGAUGGAAAUGCUGGAGGAACAGAGGAGAGAAGAAGAGGAGAUGGACAGAGCCACCAGAGAAGAAGAAGAAGAGGAGGAGCAGGCCAGAAGAAUUCAAGAAGAUAACACCACAGCCUCCUGUUCCUACAAUCACGAGAAGAUGAAGAACGGUUCUGUGGAGGGCUCUGAGAAGAACGUCCUUGCCAAAAUCCACAAGAGACUGUCGCAAUGUCUACGGCAGCGGCGCGAGACUGUGGGUCAGAGCCCGGCGUCCGGGCGAGUCUCAGGUGAAGGAGUGGAAGAUGAUGUCACUGAAGAUUGUUUUCAACAACUGCUGGAGCUGAAGUGUCAGAUUCGCAACAGCGGCGAGUACGGCCUCUUCUACAGUCACAGCAGCACCAUCGAGUGCAGUCUGAGAGAUCAGAGAGGCGGCAUGGAGCACGAGCUGCGUCUGCUCAAUGAGGAACUGCACAACAUUGAGCUGGAAUGCCAGAACAUCAUGCAGGCGCAUCAACUGCAUAAACGCGAGCAGCUGCAGCAGAGCCCUCGUACAGGCAAACUGGCGGACAUCAGCGAGCACCCGGAGAAAUCUGACAAAGACAGUUCGAGCGCGUACAAUACCGCCGAGAGCUCCCGCAGCACGCCGCUGGCCAUGGAUCGCUCUCCAGAACAUUCCAUGCACAGGAUGGUCAGUUUGACCAAUCGAAAGAACCUGAAGAGCAGUUUCCUGACCGGACACGCUUCGCCUCCUCGUCCUCCCAUCAGGAGAGCACCGAGCGGCAGUCCGGAUCACAGCAACCCCUCGGAGUCCGACCAGACGCCUCCGGCGGAUGACGAGGGCUCCCCGCGGAGGACCCUUCGCUCACGGAUCCCCUGUCUGUCCUCACGACAACACCAGCAAACCGACGUCCCGUCCCACGGGCAACAUUACCAGAGUGUCGUACAUCUGAUCCAGCAGCAGUCCGCUGUCGGGUACACCCAGAGUUUGUUGAGCGGUCCACGGGUCGCCUUGCCGACCGAACCCAAGAUGGAGUGGAAGGUCAAGGUGAGAAGCGAUGGAACGAGAUACAUCACCAAACGGCCGGUCAGAGAUCGACUGCUCCGCGAGCGAGCCCUCAAGAUCAAGGAGGAGCGCAGCGGCGGGAUGACGACGGAUGACGACGCCAUGAGCGAGAUGAAGAUGGGACGCUACUGGAGCAAAGAGGAGCGCAAACGCCAGCUUCUGCGGGCCAAAGAGCAGCGCCAGCGACGAGAGUUCAUGCAGAGGAGCCGACUGGAAAGCCUUGGGGAAAAUCCACAGAGCGGCGGUGAGGGACGUAAGGACGUCAGUAUCAUUGAACUGAGCCAUCGCAAGAUGAUGAAAAAAAGAAACAAGAAAAUACUGGACAACUGGAUGACGAUUCAGGAACUGAUGACGCACGGCGCCAAAGCGCCAGAGGCUUCCAAAGUUCACAACGCCUUCCUUUCUGUUACAACUGUAUAGAUUUACAACUCUCUCAAACUUUACCCCAUGUGGUAAGAUCUACUUCUGCCUCGUUCAAUGUGGCAAUUUUUAUGAAAAAAAUAUUUUUUGCACUUUGUUAAUUGAUAAAUGUUUUGUAAGCAAUUAAACAGAUUUGUUUUCUUGCAAUAACAUGAAGGUAAAAGCAAAUUUCAAAUAACACUGACAUCAUUACAUUUUUUAAUUAUUAUUAUGACAUUAUUAAAUUGAGCUUUUCGGUUUCACUAAGAAAGUCAAGCAUGAGUGACAUGAAGGUAAUAAAAUAAGGAUUCCUUUAAUAAUUUGUUUAUUUUCCAUCACAGCAUUUAAAGUAAAUGACAACUUUCAGUGUUUACAUCAGGAAAACGUGAAUCAUUUUGUAGUUGCCUUCACCGCGUUUUUGCUCAGAUUUGUAAUAUUUUCAGUCUGAAGACACAAACAGUACGACAGCAGAUGAAUCAUGUAGCUGUAGAUGAAACUCUUCUACCUCAACCUCUAUUAAACACAUAAAGUUCAGAUGAAACCAGCCAACAUUCAUUGAGUAUUGAAUGAUUCAUCUUUUAUAAAAAUGAAGUUCAAUCUUGUGUUUGAACAGCAGUGAUUUGUGUUGAUAGAGUAACAGUGUUAAUCUUUUCCUAACUGAUUAUUUCUCAUAAGAGAAACUAGUUUACAGAAAUAAACCAGCGUCAAUCUUCUGCUCUAUGAUCAAUAACAGGACUAUUUCAUUAUUGGAAUUUUAUUUAUAGUCUUCAUUUAAGUUUUGCUGGAUCCUUUAUUAUUUUGUACAUUUCAAUUGUAAAUUUCUGUACUUGUUCUGGCUAAAUGUUACAAGUCUUAUUUAAAGAAUCUGUAGUUGUCUCUUCUGGCCAGGUGAAUGUGUGGUCAUUGUGAUAUUUUAACGUUUAAUAAAGUUU